AUGAAGUUUAAACUUCUAUUAUUUUUUACUGUAAUUCUAACAUAUUAUGAGGGAGAAGCUCAGAGUCGUGCUAAAGGGCUGGAAGAGAAAGUUCAGCAGCUCACAGACCUCACCACCAAAAAGUCCAUUAUAUCAUUAAAUCUAAGUAAAUUUAAAGAAUAUGUUAAGUCACCACCAAAAGACUAUUCCUUCGUCAUAAUGUUCACAGCCAUGGCACCGUCCCGACGCUGUGCAAUUUGUCAACAUGUGUAUGAUGAAUAUUUAAUUGUAGCUAAUUCGUUUAGAUUCUCUCCAGCUUAUAAUAAUAAGUUAUUCUUUGGUAUCGUUGACUUUGACGAGGGAUCUGAUAUCUUCCAAAUGCUGCGCCUGAACACAGCCCCUAUAAUAAUGCAUUUCCCAGCCAAAGGCAAGCCCAAACCAGCUGAUACAAUGGACUUUGAGCGAACUGGAAUCCAUGCAGAAGCUAUUGCUAAGUGGAUUCAGGAUAGAACUGAUAAUCAGAUCAGAAUAUUCCGACCACCAAACUACUCUGGUGCGGUAGCAUUCUCGAUGCUGUUCAUCCUGGUCGCUGGUUUCCUGUACCUGCGAAGGAACAACCUGGAAUUCCUCUACAACAAGCAAAUGUGGGCUGUUGGCGCAGUGUUCUUCUGCUUUGCAAUGGUGUCUGGCCAAAUGUGGAACCAGAUUAGAGGACCCCCGUUCUUCCAUAGGACUAAGAAUGGACCGGUGUAUAUAAACGGUGGUUCCCACGGGCAAUUUGUGUUAGAGAGCUAUAUCGUAGCUAUUUUGAACGGAGCAGUAGUAGUGGGUAUGAUCUUGAUGAUCGAAGCGGCGGGUGGCAUCAAGUCGGACGUGGUGCGCGCCCCGUCUGAAGGCAAACGCCGUCGGUUCCAGUCGGUCGUGGGGCUCGUGCUUGUCUGUGUGUUCUUCUCGUUGCUUCUGUCCGUCUUCAGGGCGAAGACUCAAGGAUAUCCUUACAGCUUCCUGUUCAAGUGA